AUGGGGAACAUGUCAGAGCGGGGUCAAGAUUCCACCAAUACUCAGGGGGUUAGCCUCCCUGAGUGGACUGUUCCCAGCGAGCAGAAGGAAUCUUCACAUCUUGGGAAGGACGCCGCACAGGGAGCUGGAACGAUUGGAGCAGAAGGUUUGCCAGGCCAUGAGCUAAAUCGCCAGCACGAUGAUAGCAAUCUUCGAAGAUCUGCUGAACAACAGAGUGAGCCACAAAACACUGGCGACACUAGUCGAUCUUUCCCUCUGGCAGGAGGCGUUACACAUCGUCAGACGACCGAUAACCCUUCAAUUACCCGCGCUACAAGGGUUCCUGAAGAAGAGCCUACUUCGCAUGUGGGAAGAAACACAGCGCUCGGAACAGGCGUAGUUGGAGCCGGAGGCCUGGUAGCUCAUGAACUGAACCGGCAUCAUGAAGAUGAUGGUGUUCCACAUCGCCGGACGACUGAUAACCCUUUAACUACUCAGGAUACAAGGACUACUCAAGAAGGACCUACAUCGCAUACGGGAAGAAACAUGGCGCUCGGAUCCAGUGCAAUCAGUGCCGGCAGCCUGGCAGCCCAUGAAUUUAAUCGCUGCCGUGAAGAGGAUAAUACUGAGAGAACUACUCUUCGAUCUACCGAAUCCAAUGCCCCGUCGACUGGUGAGAGAGCUCUGGGUAGCAAGGACAAGGGAGCUACCAGUAUGGUUGAUGAGCACGCCCAUGGGGGUCAGAGCCAUGCCUAUGCUGGUGACCCAUGUCCUACUGACACUACCUAUCUUGAGGAGAAAGAUUCCAGACCAAUGUUCACUGAAGGCCCCCAUGUCACGGGUACGGCUAACAGGACUGAUCCUCACCUGCACAUCCCGGGUGAGUACCCGGAUCCCACUCCGAUUGAAGAAUUAUCUCAGCCUACAUUUUGGCAGGAAGAGAAGCAUGAAGCCACUGAACCCACCACAAUUGGAGGCGUUCGCGAGACUUACCGUGGCGAGCCAAGGAGCACGCAAGAAUUGAUUGAUCAGUCUCAUCAGCCAUCAUCCGAACAUCACUAUUGCGGGGAUGUCGCACUCAAAGGAGCUGGAGCUGCUACGGCCGGAGGACUUUAUGCAAGCCAACAUGAGCACAAACCAGACAGUACUCCAUUUGCUAGCCAGCAAAGGGAGGCAGCCAGGGUGCAACCUGAAGCAAUAUCAACGGAACAACCUCCGCAACCAUCAAUUGAACAUCACCAUAGCCGCGAUGCUGCACUCAUUGGUGGGGGAGCUGCUACUUCUGGAGGACUCUACGCCAGGCAGCGCGAAGGUCAACCUGUCAUUGGGCCAGCAUCUGCUACGAUCGGCUCCUAUAAGAGCAACAUCGUAAACGUUCUCGAUCAGAAAGUUCAGCCGGAGCCCGAAAAUAUGAAAAGCCAUGGCACAAGCGAGCCACAGAAGUCGGGCAAGCGAGAGCAAGCUAAAGGGCAACACCACUACGGCCGAGAUGCUACCCUCACAGGAGGGGCUGGUGCUGCUGGGCUAGGUUCAUACGAAGCUGGCAAACACCACCAACGAGAAGCAACCGAUAUUGAAGGACAACAGCCGAUUCCCACUGGUGAAAGCCCGUACAGCUCCAUGAAGAUCGACCCUCGUGUAGAUAACAAACCUUCUCUUCAUGGGUCGAUUGGACAACACCAUGGCCAAGAUACUGCCUUUGCUGGCGGAGCAGGAGUUGCCGGGUACGAAGCAUAUAAGCAUCGUUCUGGCCAGCAAGAGACUGCGCCAAUGCAGCCAACCCAUGCUCAGGUAGACCAACUGCUUCCGGGGAAGCAAAACGAACCCCGCCAGCUAGAGCAUCGCUACGGACGAGAUGCUGUUGUCGCGGGAGGGGUAAGAGUUGCUGGCUACGAAGCAUAUACGCAUCAUUCUGGUCAACAUGAUACUGCAGUAACGCUGCCAACGCAAGCUCAGGUAAAUCAACCUACUCCUCAGAGUUACAGAGAGCCUCGUCAACCAGAAUGCCACUAUGGACAAGAUGCUGCUGUUGUCGGAGGAACAGGCGCGGCGGACUACGAAGGGUAUCGUCCCGGUUAUGAGCAUGCUGCACCGAAGCAACCCUCCCAGGCCCAGGCCAGUCAGCCCGAGCGCCACUGUGGACAAGAUGUCGCAGCCGUUGGAGGAGCAGGUUUAGCAGGCUAUGGCACCUACGAAACGGCAAAACAUUACGUCCAACACCGCAGCACCCAACCCUCCGCUGCCAUGGACGACCAACGCUACGACCCUACUGCCCAAGGUGCCCACGAUCCCAAAGAAGCCUCCCAGCACCACUACGGUCGCGAUGCUACUAUCGCCGGUGGAGGUGUAGGAUUAGCUAGCGCGAGAGCAUACGCAGCAUCCAGCCAUGGCAACGACCAAACUCGGCAACCUCCAAUGUCCCAAGAAUUCCAGCAACCCACUGCAACUAGCACACACAAUCGCUACGACUCAGUCCAAGACCCUAACAAUAAGUCACAUCAACAGCAACAGGCACAACCCAACUACCACAAACGCGACGCCGCAGCCUCAGGUGCCGGAGCGGCAGCUGGCGUAGGAUUCGGAUACGCAUACUCGCAACACGAAGCCGAGAAAGCAGAAAAGGAGAGACUUUCGCAACAGAAAUCCCAGCAACAGGAGUUUGAGAAACAACAGAAAGAGCAGCAGAAGGAUCUCGAGAAGCAGCGGAAAGAUCAACAAAAGGACCUGGAGCAUAAGCAGAAAGAGUUCGAGAAGGAACAAGCUAAGGAGCAUAAACAGCAUGCUAAGGCUGCAGCGGCAGAGGACAAGCACCGGAACAGCGUUCCCAACCCGUAUACAGUCUACUAA